AUGAGCAACUGUCCCCGUGAGCAACUGUCCGUUUCCCGCAUAAUUGAUACAAUCGACUCAAAAAAUCCAACAUUAUGGUUUCGUGUUGCACAGGAUGGAACAUGGCUUGGAAAGUAUUGCAAUUGUUUAAUAGUCACUUUAAGUUGGCUUGAUAUUGGUAUUACUAGUCAACAGCCUCAUCAUAUGACUAUACUUGGUAUUUUCCGAAUACCAAAAGAAACGCGAGAAGCAUUAGAAAAAUGUGUUUCAGCCGAUUUUAUAAAUAUGUUUCGAAAAGGUCAACACUUCCACAGAAAUAUAAUUCAGCAUUACAGCAGUUUAGCAAAACAAGAAAAAGGGUAUAUGGAAAGACCACUCUAUGGAAGUUAUUUCGAGAUAAUGAUACAUAUUUUUGAUACGUGGGCAAAUACUUAUUUUGAAUCACAAGAUCCUGAUGAAGAUGAAGUUAUUGAAGAUUCCGAUGAUGAAGACGAAUCAUGGUAA